AUGAUGGAUCGCGCUCUAUCGCAUGCGAUGUCUCGUCGUGUGAAUCACGGAAGCAGUCGACUGUCGACGUCUACGAUAUCACCACCAGCUGCAGCAGCCGUCAAUCACUUGGCGGCUGUGAUCAAAGCCCAUGAUGUGAAGUUGCCAUCGCUUGAACGGGCUCAUACGUCUCCCGUCGAAGUGCCUGUAAAUAGUGGUAGCGGAAGUGGUUCACGAAAGAGGCCUCUCGAUGACUCAUUAUCUACUGGUAACACCAAUACGGAUGCACUUCUUGCAAGUAUCAGUCGAGCAACGAGUUCUGGAGUUGUGGAGGGAGAAAUUACGGAGGAUCUCGAAUUAAUCCCAAUGUUCAACAGUAAAAGAAUCAAAUCCGAAUUCGAAGCCGACCACGAUCAAGAUGAUGGUUCAAUGAUUGAUGACAGUAUUCUGGACAACUUGAAUCCUAUCUCGGUAUUGGACAACGUGGCUGCUCUUUUCGCCUCAGAUGGUCGGCUCGAAGAUAGCUACGUCGAUUCGCAUACAGAGAAACCCUCAAAAAGCCAGAGUGCAAAAGCACUUAGCAGCGCAAUUUCAAAGAAACGAGUGCUGGGCGAAUGCAGUAAGUGUCAGAAACCAGUAACGGCGGGUGCACGACAAAUGCAUAUGUUCUUCCAUCUAGCCAAGGAUCAUGGA